UGCUGAUAGAGCAACUCCAGAACCAGCACAACACCUCCACCCAUCGUGCAUCAUCGAAACAGCUCCCAUCCAUCCGCCCAUCCCCUUCAGAAUCACACCAUGCCUACCACCGUCAGGGAAGCCGUUCCCUCCGUCACCGUCUCCAUCGCCCCCCUCAUCCUCCUCAGCGCAUGCGAUCACUAUGGCCGUUCCGCCAAGUUUACACGGAAGCGCGUUGUCGGAGUGUUGCUAGGACAGAACAGCGGUAACUCAGUGAGGGUCACAAACAGCUUUGCUGUUCCAUUCGAGGAGGACGACAAGGACCCCGCGGUGUGGUUUCUCGAUCACAACUACGUCGAGUCGAUGAACGACAUGUUCAAGAAGGUCAAUGCUAGGGAGAAGCUCAUCGGAUGGUACCACUCCGGCCCGAAGCUACGAGCGUCGGAUCUGCAGAUCAACGAGCUGUUCAAGCGAUACACACCGAAUCCUUUACUUGUCAUCGUGGACGUCGAGCCCAAAGCUAUCGGAGUGCCCACGGACGCCUACUUUGCCAUCGAGGAGAUUAAAGACGACGGAACCACCACCACCAAGACGUUUGUGCAUACCCCAUCGAUAAUCGAGGCCGAAGAAGCCGAAGAGAUCGGUGUUGAGCACCUCCUCCGAGACAUCCGCGACGUCGCCGUCGGCUCCCUUUCCACCCGCAUCAACAACCAGCUCCAGUCCCUGCAGGGCCUCCACCUCCGCCUGCGCGACAUUGGCAACUACCUGCAGAAGGUCAACAACGGCACGCUCCCGGUCAACCAUGCGAUCCUCGGCCUCCUACAAGACGUGUUCAACCUGUUACCGAACCUGUCCACCCCAUCCGCCGACGGCGAGGAGAACAACGAGUUGGCGAGGGCCAUGGCUGUCAAGACAAACGACCAGUUGAUGAACAUCUACCUGUCGUCGCUGAUCCGCGCCAUCAUCGCAUUCCACGACUUGAUCGACAACAAGAUCAAGAACCGACAGGACCAGGCGGAAGAGCAGGAGAAGGAGGCAGACAAGGAGAAGGAGAAGGACGAGAAGGAGACAGGCAAGAAGUCCGAAAAGGAUGGUGAGAAGGGCAAGAAGGAUGACACGGAAAAGAAGGGUGGAAUCGACAAGGAUUUGGAUCUAUAGACGACGGACAGUGUCUUGGGGAGGAAGCGGCGGGACACACCGAUCGGAAAGGGACCAUAUCGUUGUGCUCUUUGGCUGUUUGUAAGAUAAUAAUAGCCACCACACGCAUGUCGAUCAAGUGAGACAGAGCUGCUCUCGUCAACAUCUCGCCCGGUACACCUUACAUACACGAUGCCGCUAA